UUCUUCCUUUCCCCGUUCCAUGCUUCUCUCUCCCAUGUGCGUUCUUCUGUCCCCGUCCAUCUUCUCUCUUCCCGAUGGGCUUCUUCCUUUCCCCGUUCCAUGCUUCUACUCUCCCAUGUGCGUUCUUCCUUUCCCCGUUCCAUGCUUCCUCUCUCCCAUGUGCCGUUCUUCCUUUCCCCGUUCCAUGCUUCUCUCUCCCAUGUGCGUUCUUCCUUUCCCCGUUCCAUGCUUCUCUCUCCCAUGUGCGUUCUUCCUUUCCCCGUUCCAUGCUUCUCUCUCCCAUGUGCGUUCUUCCUUUCCCCGUUCCAUGCUUCUCUCUUCCCCAUGUCCGUUCUUCCUUUCCCCGUUCCAUGCUUCUCUCUCCCAUGUCCGUUCUUCCUUUCCCCCGUUCCAUGCUUCUCUCUCCAUGUCCGUUCUUCCUUUCCCCGUUCCAUGCUUCUCUCUCCCAUGUGCGUUCUUCCUUUCCCCGUUCCAUGCUUCUCUCUCCCAUGUGCGUUCUUCCUUUCCCGUUCCAUGCUUCUCUCUCCCAUGUGCGUUCUUCCUUUCCCCGUUCCAUGCUUCUCUCUCCCAUGUGCGUUUCCUUCCCCGUUCCAUGCUUCUCUCUCCCAUGUCGUUCUUCCUUUCCCGUUCCAUGCUUCUCUCUCCCAUGUGCGUUCUUCCUUCCCCGUUCCAUGCUUCUCUCUCCCAUGUGCGUUCUUCCUUUCCCCGUUCCAUGCUUCUCUCUCCCAUGUGCGUUCUUCCUUUCCCCGUUCCAUGCUUCUCUCUCCCAUGUGCGUUCUUCCUUUCCCCGUUCCAUGCUUCUCUCUCCCAUGUGCGUUCUUCCUUUCCCCGUUCCAUGCUUCUCUCUCCCAUGUGCGUUCUUCCUUUCCCCGUUCCAUGCUUCUCUCUCCCAUGUGCGUUCUUCCUUUCCCCGUUCCAUGCUUCUCUCUCCCAUGUGCGUUCUUCCUUUCCCCGUUCCAUGCUUCUCUCUCCCAUGUGCGUUCUUCCUUUCCCCGUUCCAUGCUUCUCUCUCCCAUGUGCGUUCUUCCUUUCCCCGUUCCAUGCUUCUCUCUCCCAUGUGCGUUCUUCCUUUCCCCGUUCCAUGCUUCUCUCUCCCAUGUGCGUUCUUCCUUUCCCCGUUCCAUGCUUCUCUCUCCCAUGUGCGUUCUUCCUUUCCCCGUUCCAUGCUUCUCUCUCCCAUGUGCGUUCUUCCUUUCCCCGUUCCAUGCUUCUCUCUCCCAUGUGCGUUCUUCCUUUCCCCGUUCCAUGCUUCUCUCUCCCAUGUGCGUUCUUCCUUUCCCCGUUCCAUGCUUCUCUCUCCCAUGUGCGUUCUUCCUUUCCCCGUUCCAUGCUUCUCUCUCCCAUGUGCGUUCUUCCUUUCCCCGUUCCAUGCUUCUCUCUCCCAUGUGCGUUCUUCCUUUCCCCGUUCCAUGCUUCUCUCUCCCAUGUGCGUUCUUCCUUUCCCCGUUCCAUGCUUCUCUCUCCCAUGUGCGUUCUUCCUUUCCCCGUUCCAUGCUUCUCUCUCCCAUGUGCGUUCUUCCUUUCCCCGUUCCAUGCUUCUCUCUCCCAUGUGCGUUCUUCCUUUCCCCGUUCCAUGCUUCUCUCUCCCAUGUGCGUUCUUCCUUUCCCCGUUCCAUGCUUCUCUCUCCCAUGUGCGUUCUUCCUUUCCCCGUUCCAUGCUUCUCUCUCCCAUGUGCGUUCUUCCUUUCCCCGUUCCAUGCUUCUCUCUCCCAUGUGCGUUCUUCCUUUCCCCGUUCCAUGCUUCUCUCUCCCAUGUGCGUUCUUCCUUUCCCCGUUCCAUGCUUCUCUCUCCCAUGUGCGUUCUUCCUUUCCCCGUUCCAUGCUUCUCUCUCCCAUGUGCGUUCUUCCUUUCCCCGUUCCAUGCUUCUCUCUCCCAUGUGCGUUCUUCCUUUCCCCGUUCCAUGCUUCUCUCUCCCAUGUGCGUUCUUCCUUUCCCCGUUCCAUGCUUCUCUCUCCCAUGUGCGUUCUUCCUUUCCCCGUUCCAUGCUUCUCUCUCCCAUGUGCGUUCUUCCUUUCCCCGUUCCAUGCUUCUCUCUCCCAUGUGCGUUCUUCCUUUCCCCGUUCCAUGCUUCUCUCUCCCAUGUGCGUUCUUCCUUUCCCCGUUCCAUGCUUCUCUCUCCCAUGUGCGUUCUUCCUUUCCCCGUUCCAUGCUUCUCUCUCCCAUGUGCGUUCUUCCUUUCCCCGUUCCAUGCUUCUCUCUCCCAUGUGCGUUCUUCCUUUCCCCGUUCCAUGCUUCUCUCUCCCAUGUGCGUUCUUCCUUUCCCCGUUCCAUGCUUCUCUCUCCCAUGUGCGUUCUUCCUUUCCCCGUUCCAUGCUUCUCUCUCCCAUGUGCGUUCUUCCUUUCCCCGUUCCAUGCUUCUCUCUCCCAUGUGCGUUCUUCCUUUCCCCGUUCCAUGCUUCUCUCUCCCAUGUGCGUUCUUCCUUUCCCCGUUCCAUGCUUCUCUCUCCCAUGUGCGUUCUUCCUUUCCCCGUUCCAUGCUUCUCUCUCCCAUGUGCGUUCUUCCUUUCCCCGUUCCAUGCUUCUCUCUCCCAUGUGCGUUCUUCCUUUCCCCGUUCCAUGCUUCUCUCUCCCAUGUGCGUUCUUCCUUUCCCCGUUCCAUGCUUCUCUCUCCCAUGUGCGUUCUUCCUUUCCCCGUUCCAUGCUUCUCUCUCCCAUGUGCGUUCUUCCUUUCCCCGUUCCAUGCUUCUCUCUCCCAUGUGCGUUCUUCCUUUCCCCGUUCCAUGCUUCUCUCUCCCAUGUGCGUUCUUCCUUUCCCCGUUCCAUGCUUCUCUCUCCCAUGUGCGUUCUUCCUUUCCCCGUUCCAUGCUUCUCUCUCCCAUGUGCGUUCUUCCUUUCCCCGUUCCAUGCUUCUCUCUCCCAUGUGCGUUCUUCCUUUCCCCGUUCCAUGCUUCUCUCUCCCAUGUGCGUUCUUCCUUUCCCCGUUCCAUGCUUCUCUCUCCCAUGUGCGUUCUUCCUUUCCCCGUUCCAUGCUUCUCUCUCCCAUGUGCGUUCUUCCUUUCCCCGUUCCAUGCUUCUCUCUCCCAUGUGCGUUCUUCCUUUCCCCGUUCCAUGCUUCUCUCUCCCAUGUGCGUUCUUCCUUUCCCCGUUCCAUGCUUCUCUCUCCCAUGUGCGUUCUUCCUUUCCCCGUUCCAUGCUUCUCUCUCCCAUGUGCGUUCUUCCUUUCCCCGUUCCAUGCUUCUCUCUCCCAUGUGCGUUCUUCCUUUCCCCGUUCCAUGCUUCUCUCUCCCAUGUGCGUUCUUCCUUUCCCCGUUCCAUGCUUCUCUCUCCCAUGUGCGUUCUUCCUUUCCCCGUUCCAUGCUUCUCUCUCCCAUGUGCGUUCUUCCUUUCCCCGUUCCAUGCUUCUCUCUCCCAUGUGCGUUCUUCCUUUCCCCGUUCCAUGCUUCUCUCUCCCAUGUGCGUUCUUCCUUUCCCCGUUCCAUGCUUCUCUCUCCCAUGUGCGUUCUUCCUUUCCCCGUUCCAUGCUUCUCUCUCCCAUGUGCGUUCUUCCUUUCCCCGUUCCAUGCUUCUCUCUCCCAUGUGCGUUCUUCCUUUCCCCGUUCCAUGCUUCUCUCUCCCAUGUGCGUUCUUCCUUUCCCCGUUCCAUGCUUCUCUCUCCCAUGUGCGUUCUUCCUUUCCCCGUUCCAUGCUUCUCUCUCCCAUGUGCGUUCUUCCUUUCCCCGUUCCAUGCUUCUCUCUCCCAUGUGCGUUCUUCCUUUCCCCGUUCCAUGCUUCUCUCUCCCAUGUGCGUUCUUCCUUUCCCCGUUCCAUGCUUCUCUCUCCCAUGUGCGUUCUUCCUUUCCCCGUUCCAUGCUUCUCUCUCCCAUGUGCGUUCUUCCUUUCCCCGUUCCAUGCUUCUCUCUCCCAUGUGCGUUCUUCCUUUCCCCGUUCCAUGCUUCUCUCUCCCAUGUGCGUUCUUCCUUUCCCCGUUCCAUGCUUCUCUCUCCCAUGUGCGUUCUUCCUUUCCCCGUUCCAUGCUUCUCUCUCCCAUGUGCGUUCUUCCUUUCCCCGUUCCAUGCUUCUCUCUCCCAUGUGCGUUCUUCCUUUCCCCGUUCCAUGCUUCUCUCUCCCAUGUGCGUUCUUCCUUUCCCCGUUCCAUGCUUCUCUCUCCCAUGUGCGUUCUUCCUUUCCCCGUUCCAUGCUUCUCUCUCCCAUGUGCGUUCUUCCUUUCCCCGUUCCAUGCUUCUCUCUCCCAUGUGCGUUCUUCCUUUCCCCGUUCCAUGCUUCUCUCUCCCAUGUGCGUUCUUCCUUUCCCCGUUCCAUGCUUCUCUCUCCCAUGUGCGUUCUUCCUUUCCCCGUUCCAUGCUUCUCUCUCCCAUGUGCGUUCUUCCUUUCCCCGUUCCAUGCUUCUCUCUCCCAUGUGCGUUCUUCCUUUCCCCGUUCCAUGCUUCUCUCUCCCAUGUGCGUUCUUCCUUUCCCCGUUCCAUGCUUCUCUCUCCCAUGUGCGUUCUUCCUUUCCCCGUUCCAUGCUUCUCUCUCCCAUGUGCGUUCUUCCUUUCCCCGUUCCAUGCUUCUCUCUCCCAUGUGCGUUCUUCCUUUCCCCGUUCCAUGCUUCUCUCUCCCAUGUGCGUUCUUCCUUUCCCCGUUCCAUGCUUCUCUCUCCCAUGUGCGUUCUUCCUUUCCCCGUUCCAUGCUUCUCUCUCCCAUGUGCGUUCUUCCUUUCCCCGUUCCAUGCUUCUCUCUCCCAUGUGCGUUCUUCCUUUCCCCGUUCCAUGCUUCUCUCUCCCAUGUGCGUUCUUCCUUUCCCCGUUCCAUGCUUCUCUCUCCCAUGUGCGUUCUUCCUUUCCCCGUUCCAUGCUUCUCUCUCCCAUGUGCGUUCUUCCUUUCCCCGUUCCAUGCUUCUCUCUCCCAUGUGCGUUCUUCCUUUCCCCGUUCCAUGCUUCUCUCUCCCAUGUGCGUUCUUCCUUUCCCCGUUCCAUGCUUCUCUCUCCCAUGUGCGUUCUUCCUUUCCCCGUUCCAUGCUUCUCUCUCCCAUGUGCGUUCUUCCUUUCCCCGUUCCAUGCUUCUCUCUCCCAUGUGCGUUCUUCCUUUCCCCGUUCCAUGCUUCUCUCUCCCAUGUGCGUUCUUCCUUUCCCCGUUCCAUGCUUCUCUCUCCCAUGUGCGUUCUUCCUUUCCCCGUUCCAUGCUUCUCUCUCCCAUGUGCGUUCUUCCUUUCCCCGUUCCAUGCUUCUCUCUCCCAUGUGCGUUCUUCCUUUCCCCGUUCCAUGCUUCUCUCUCCCAUGUGCGUUCUUCCUUUCCCCGUUCCAUGCUUCUCUCUCCCAUGUGCGUUCUUCCUUUCCCCGUUCCAUGCUUCUCUCUCCCAUGUGCGUUCUUCCUUUCCCCGUUCCAUGCUUCUCUCUCCCAUGUGCGUUCUUCCUUUCCCCGUUCCAUGCUUCUCUCUCCCAUGUGCGUUCUUCCUUUCCCCGUUCCAUGCUUCUCUCUCCCAUGUGCGUUCUUCCUUUCCCCGUUCCAUGCUUCUCUCUCCCAUGUGCGUUCUUCCUUUCCCCGUUCCAUGCUUCUCUCUCCCAUGUGCGUUCUUCCUUUCCCCGUUCCAUGCUUCUCUCUCCCAUGUGCGUUCUUCCUUUCCCCGUUCCAUGCUUCUCUCUCCCAUGUGCGUUCUUCCUUUCCCCGUUCCAUGCUUCUCUCUCCCAUGUGCGUUCUUCCUUUCCCCGUUCCAUGCUUCUCUCUCCCAUGUGCGUUCUUCCUUUCCCCGUUCCAUGCUUCUCUCUCCCAUGUGCGUUCUUCCUUUCCCCGUUCCAUGCUUCUCUCUCCCAUGUGCGUUCUUCCUUUCCCCGUUCCAUGCUUCUCUCUCCCAUGUGCGUUCUUCCUUUCCCCGUUCCAUGCUUCUCUCUCCCAUGUGCGUUCUUCCUUUCCCCGUUCCAUGCUUCUCUCUCCCAUGUGCGUUCUUCCUUUCCCCGUUCCAUGCUUCUCUCUCCCAUGUGCGUUCUUCCUUUCCCCGUUCCAUGCUUCUCUCUCCCAUGUGCGUUCUUCCUUUCCCCGUUCCAUGCUUCUCUCUCCCAUGUGCGUUCUUCCUUUCCCCGUUCCAUGCUUCUCUCUCCCAUGUGCGUUCUUCCUUUCCCCGUUCCAUGCUUCUCUCUCCCAUGUGCGUUCUUCCUUUCCCCGUUCCAUGCUUCUCUCUCCCAUGUGCGUUCUUCCUUUCCCCGUUCCAUGCUUCUCUCUCCCAUGUGCGUUCUUCCUUUCCCCGUUCCAUGCUUCUCUCUCCCAUGUGCGUUCUUCCUUUCCCCGUUCCAUGCUUCUCUCUCCCAUGUGCGUUCUUCCUUUCCCCGUUCCAUGCUUCUCUCUCCCAUGUGCGUUCUUCCUUUCCCCGUUCCAUGCUUCUCUCUCCCAUGUGCGUUCUUCCUUUCCCCGUUCCAUGCUUCUCUCUCCCAUGUGCGUUCUUCCUUUCCCCGUUCCAUGCUUCUCUCUCCCAUGUGCGUUCUUCCUUUCCCCGUUCCAUGCUUCUCUCUCCCAUGUGCGUUCUUCCUUUCCCCGUUCCAUGCUUCUCUCUCCCAUGUGCGUUCUUCCUUUCCCCGUUCCAUGCUUCUCUCUCCCAUGUGCGUUCUUCCUUUCCCCGUUCCAUGCUUCUCUCUCCCAUGUGCGUUCUUCCUUUCCCCGUUCCAUGCUUCUCUCUCCCAUGUGCGUUCUUCCUUUCCCCGUUCCAUGCUUCUCUCUCCCAUGUGCGUUCUUCCUUUCCCCGUUCCAUGCUUCUCUCUCCCAUGUGCGUUCUUCCUUUCCCCGUUCCAUGCUUCUCUCUCCCAUGUGCGUUCUUCCUUUCCCCGUUCCAUGCUUCUCUCUCCCAUGUGCGUUCUUCCUUUCCCCGUUCCAUGCUUCUCUCUCCCAUGUGCGUUCUUCCUUUCCCCGUUCCAUGCUUCUCUCUCCCAUGUGCGUUCUUCCUUUCCCCGUUCCAUGCUUCUCUCUCCCAUGUGCGUUCUUCCUUUCCCCGUUCCAUGCUUCUCUCUCCCAUGUGCGUUCUUCCUUUCCCCGUUCCAUGCUUCUCUCUCCCAUGUGCGUUCUUCCUUUCCCCGUUCCAUGCUUCUCUCUCCCAUGUGCGUUCUUCCUUUCCCCGUUCCAUGCUUCUCUCUCCCAUGUGCGUUCUUCCUUUCCCCGUUCCAUGCUUCUCUCUCCCAUGUGCGUUCUUCCUUUCCCCGUUCCAUGCUUCUCUCUCCCAUGUGCGUUCUUCCUUUCCCCGUUCCAUGCUUCUCUCUCCCAUGUGCGUUCUUCCUUUCCCCGUUCCAUGCUUCUCUCUCCCAUGUGCGUUCUUCCUUUCCCCGUUCCAUGCUUCUCUCUCCCAUGUGCGUUCUUCCUUUCCCCGUUCCAUGCUUCUCUCUCCCAUGUGCGUUCUUCCUUUCCCCGUUCCAUGCUUCUCUCUCCCAUGUGCGUUCUUCCUUUCCCCGUUCCAUGCUUCUCUCUCCCAUGUGCGUUCUUCCUUUCCCCGUUCCAUGCUUCUCUCUCCCAUGUGCGUUCUUCCUUUCCCCGUUCCAUGCUUCUCUCUCCCAUGUGCGUUCUUCCUUUCCCCGUUCCAUGCUUCUCUCUCCCAUGUGCGUUCUUCCUUUCCCCGUUCCAUGCUUCUCUCUCCCAUGUGCGUUCUUCCUUUCCCCGUUCCAUGCUUCUCUCUCCCAUGUGCGUUCUUCCUUUCCCCGUUCCAUGCUUCUCUCUCCCAUGUGCGUUCUUCCUUUCCCCGUUCCAUGCUUCUCUCUCCCAUGUGCGUUCUUCCUUUCCCCGUUCCAUGCUUCUCUCUCCCAUGUGCGUUCUUCCUUUCCCCGUUCCAUGCUUCUCUCUCCCAUGUGCGUUCUUCCUUUCCCCGUUCCAUGCUUCUCUCUCCCAUGUGCGUUCUUCCUUUCCCCGUUCCAUGCUUCUCUCUCCCAUGUGCGUUCUUCCUUUCCCCGUUCCAUGCUUCUCUCUCCCAUGUGCGUUCUUCCUUUCCCCGUUCCAUGCUUCUCUCUCCCAUGUGCGUUCUUCCUUUCCCCGUUCCAUGCUUCUCUCUCCCAUGUGCGUUCUUCCUUUCCCCGUUCCAUGCUUCUCUCUCCCAUGUGCGUUCUUCCUUUCCCCGUUCCAUGCUUCUCUCUCCCAUGUGCGUUCUUCCUUUCCCCGUUCCAUGCUUCUCUCUCCCAUGUGCGUUCUUCCUUUCCCCGUUCCAUGCUUCUCUCUCCCAUGUGCGUUCUUCCUUUCCCCGUUCCAUGCUUCUCUCUCCCAUGUGCGUUCUUCCUUUCCCCGUUCCAUGCUUCUCUCUCCCAUGUGCGUUCUUCCUUUCCCCGUUCCAUGCUUCUCUCUCCCAUGUGCGUUCUUCCUUUCCCCGUUCCAUGCUUCUCUCUCCCAUGUGCGUUCUUCCUUUCCCCGUUCCAUGCUUCUCUCUCCCAUGUGCGUUCUUCCUUUCCCCGUUCCAUGCUUCUCUCUCCCAUGUGCGUUCUUCCUUUCCCCGUUCCAUGCUUCUCUCUCCCAUGUGCGUUCUUCCUUUCCCCGUUCCAUGCUUCUCUCUCCCAUGUGCGUUCUUCCUUUCCCCGUUCCAUGCUUCUCUCUCCCAUGUGCGUUCUUCCUUUCCCCGUUCCAUGCUUCUCUCUCCCAUGUGCGUUCUUCCUUUCCCCGUUCCAUGCUUCUCUCUCCCAUGUGCGUUCUUCCUUUCCCCGUUCCAUGCUUCUCUCUCCCAUGUGCGUUCUUCCUUUCCCCGUUCCAUGCUUCUCUCUCCCAUGUGCGUUCUUCCUUUCCCCGUUCCAUGCUUCUCUCUCCCAUGUGCGUUCUUCCUUUCCCCGUUCCAUGCUUCUCUCUCCCAUGUGCGUUCUUCCUUUCCCCGUUCCAUGCUUCUCUCUCCCAUGUGCGUUCUUCCUUUCCCCGUUCCAUGCUUCUCUCUCCCAUGUGCGUUCUUCCUUUCCCCGUUCCAUGCUUCUCUCUCCCAUGUGCGUUCUUCCUUUCCCCGUUCCAUGCUUCUCUCUCCCAUGUGCGUUCUUCCUUUCCCCGUUCCAUGCUUCUCUCUCCCAUGUGCGUUCUUCCUUUCCCCGUUCCAUGCUUCUCUCUCCCAUGUGCGUUCUUCCUUUCCCCGUUCCAUGCUUCUCUCUCCCAUGUGCGUUCUUCCUUUCCCCGUUCCAUGCUUCUCUCUCCCAUGUGCGUUCUUCCUUUCCCCGUUCCAUGCUUCUCUCUCCCAUGUGCGUUCUUCCUUUCCCCGUUCCAUGCUUCUCUCUCCCAUGUGCGUUCUUCCUUUCCCCGUUCCAUGCUUCUCUCUCCCAUGUGCGUUCUUCCUUUCCCCGUUCCAUGCUUCUCUCUCCCAUGUGCGUUCUUCCUUUCCCCGUUCCAUGCUUCUCUCUCCCAUGUGCGUUCUUCCUUUCCCCGUUCCAUGCUUCUCUCUCCCAUGUGCGUUCUUCCUUUCCCCGUUCCAUGCUUCUCUCUCCCAUGUGCGUUCUUCCUUUCCCCGUUCCAUGCUUCUCUCUCCCAUGUGCGUUCUUCCUUUCCCCGUUCCAUGCUUCUCUCUCCCAUGUGCGUUCUUCCUUUCCCCGUUCCAUGCUUCUCUCUCCCAUGUGCGUUCUUCCUUUCCCCGUUCCAUGCUUCUCUCUCCCAUGUGCGUUCUUCCUUUCCCCGUUCCAUGCUUCUCUCUCCCAUGUGCGUUCUUCCUUUCCCCGUUCCAUGCUUCUCUCUCCCAUGUGCGUUCUUCCUUUCCCCGUUCCAUGCUUCUCUCUCCCAUGUGCGUUCUUCCUUUCCCCGUUCCAUGCUUCUCUCUCCCAUGUGCGUUCUUCCUUUCCCCGUUCCAUGCUUCUCUCUCCCAUGUGCGUUCUUCCUUUCCCCGUUCCAUGCUUCUCUCUCCCAUGUGCGUUCUUCCUUUCCCCGUUCCAUGCUUCUCUCUCCCAUGUGCGUUCUUCCUUUCCCCGUUCCAUGCUUCUCUCUCCCAUGUGCGUUCUUCCUUUCCCCGUUCCUGCUUUCUCUCUCCAUGGUGCCGUUCUUCUUCCCCGUUCCAGUGCUCUCUCUCCCAUGUGCGUUCUUCCUUUCCCCGUUCCAUGCUUCUCUCUCCCAUGUGCGUUCUUCCUUUCCCGUUCCAUGCUUCUCCUCUCCCAUGUGCGUUCUUCCUUUCCCCGUUCCAUGCUUCUCUCUCCCAUGUGCGUUCUUCCUUUCCCCGUUCCAUGCUUCUCUCUCCCAUGUGCGUUCUUCCUUUCCCGUUCCAUGCUUCUCUCUCCCAUGUGCGUUCUUCUUUCCCCGUUCCAUGCUUCUCUCUCCCAUGUGCGUUCUUCCUUUCCCCGUUCCAUGCUUCUCUCUCCCAUGUGCGUUCUUCCUUUCCCCGUUCCAUGCUUCUCUCUCCCAUGUCAGUUCUUCUUUCCCCGUCCAUGCUUCUCUUCUAAACCAUGUCGUUCUUCCUUUCCCCGUUCCAUGCUUCUCUCUCCCAUGUGCGUUCUUCUUUCCCCGUUCAUGCUUCUCUCCUCCCAUGUGCCGUUUCUUCCUUUCCCCGUUCCAUGCUUCUCUCUCCCAUGUCCGUUCUUCCUUUCCCGUUCCAUGCUUCUCUCUCCCAUGUCCGUUCUUCCUUUCCCCGUUCCAUGCUUCUCUCUCCCAUGUCCGUUCUUCCUUUCCCCGUUCCAUGCUUCUCUCGCCAUGUGCGUUCUUCCUUUCCCCGUUCCAUGCUUCUCUCUCCCAUGUGCGUUUCUUCCUUUCCCCGUUCCAUGCUUCUCUCUCCAUGUGCGUUCUUUCCUUUCCCCGUUCCAUGCUUCUCUCUCCCAGGUCGCUUCUCUCUCCCAUGUCCGUUCUUCCUUUCCCCGUUCCAUGUUUCUCUCUAUCCAUUGUCCGUUCUUCCUUUCAACCCCGUUCCAUGCUUCUCUCUCCCAUGUCCGUUCUUCCUUUCCCCGUUCCAUGCUUCUCUCUCCCAUGUGCCGUUCUUCCUUUCCCCGUUCCAUGCUUUCUCUCUCCCAUGUUCGUUCUUCCUUUCCCCGUUCCAUGCUUCUCUCUCCCAUGUGCGUUCUUCCUUUCCCCGUUCCAUGCUUCUCUCUCCAUGUGCGUUCUUCCUUUCCCCGUUCCAUGCUUCUCUCUCCCAUGUGCGUUCUUCUUUCCCCGUUCCAUGCUUCUCUCUCCCAUAUGCGUUCUUCUUUCCCCGUUCCAUGCUUCUCUCUCCCAUGUGCGUUCUUCACUUUCCCCGUUCCAUGCUUCUCUCUCCCAUGUGCCGUUCUUCCUUUCCCCGUUCCAUGCUUCUCUCUCCCAUGUCCGUUCUUCCUUUCCCCGUUCCAUGCUUCUCUCUCCCAUGUGCGUUCUUCCUUUCCCCGUUCCAUGCUUCUCUCUCCCAUGUGCGUUCUUCCUUUCCCCCUUCCAUGCUUCUCUCUCCCAUGUGCGUUCUUCCUUUCCCCGUUCCAUGCUUCUCUCUCCCAUGUGCGUUCUUCCUUUCCCCGUUCCAUGCUUCUCUCUCCCAUGUGCGUUCUUCCUUUCCCCGUUCCAUGCUUCUCUCUCCCAUGUGCGUUCUUCCUUUCCCCGUUCCAUGCUUCUCUCUCCCAUGUGCGUUCUUCCUUUCCCCGUUCCAUGCUUCUCUCUCCCAUGUGCGUUCUUCCUUUCCCCGUUCCAUGCUUCUCUCUCCCAUGUGCGUUCUUCCUUUCCCCGUUCCAUGCUUCUCUCUCCCAUGUGCGUUCUUCCUUUCCCCGUUCCAUGCUUCUCUCUCCCAUGUGCGUUCUUCCUUUCCCCGUUCCAUGCUUCUCUCUCCCAUGUGCGUUCUUCCUUUCCCCGUUCCAUGCUUCUCUCUCCCAUGUGCGUUCUUCCUUUCCCCGUUCCAUGCUUCUCUCUCCCAUGUGCGUUCUUCCUUUCCCCGUUCCAUGCUUCUCUCUCCCAUGUGCGUUCUUCCUUUCCCCGUUCCAUGCUUCUCCAUGUCCGUAUUCCCCAUGCUUCUCUCUCCAUGUGCGUUCUUCCUUCCCCGUUCCAUGCUUCUCUCUCCUCCAUGUGCGUUCUUUCCUUUCCCCGUUCCAUGCUUCUCUCUCCCAUUUCCGUUCUUCCUUUCCCCGUUCCAUGCUUCUCUCUCCCAUGUCCUUCUUCCUUUCCCCGUUCCAUGCUUCUCUCUCCCAUGUCCGUUCUCCUUUCCCCGUUCCAUGCUUCUCUCUCCCAUGUGCGUUCUUCCUUUCCCCGUUCCAUGGCUUCUCUCUCCCAUGUGCGUUCUUUCCUUUCCUCCGUUCCAUGCUUCUCUCUCCCAUGUGCGUUUCUUCCUUUCCCCGUUCCAGGCUUCUCUCUCCCAUGUGCGUUCUUCCUUUUCCCCGUUCCAUGCUUCUCUCUCCAUGUGGCGUUCUUCCUUUCCCCGUUCCAUGUGCUCUCUCCCAUGUCCGUUCUUCCUUUCCCCGUUCGAUGUUCUUCUCUCAUCCAUGUGCGUUCUUCCUUUUCCCCCGUUCCAUGCUUCUCUCUCCCAUGUGCGUUCUUCCUUUCCCCGUUCCAUGCUUCUCUCUCCCAUGUACCGUUCUUCCUUUCCCCGUUCCAUGCUUCUCUCUCCCAUGUGCGUUCUUCCUUUCCCCGUUCCAUGCUUCUCUCUCCCAUCCUUUCCCCGUUCCAUGCUUCUCUCUCCCAUGUGCGUUCUUCCUUUCCCCGUUCCAUGCUUCUCUCUCCCAUGUCCGUUCCAUGCUUCUCUCUCCCAUGUGCGUUCUUCCUUUCCCCGUUCCAUGCUUCUCUCUCCCAUGUCCGUUCCAUGCUUCUCUCUCCCAUGUGCGUUCUUCCUUUCCCCGUUCCAUGCUUCUCUCUCCCAUGUGCGUUCUUCCUUUCCCCGUUCCAUGCUUCUCUCUCCCAUGUGCGUUCUUCCUUUCCCCGUUCCAUGCUUCUCUCUCCCAUGUGCGUUCUUCCUUUCCCCGUUCCAUGCUUCUCUCUCCCAUGUGCGUUCUUCCUUUCCCCGUUCCAUGCUUCUCUCUCCCAUGUGCGUUCUUCCUUUCCCCGUUCCAUGCUUCUCUCUCCCAUGUGCGUUCUUCCUUUCCCCGUUCCAUGCUUCUCUCUCCCAUGUGCGUUCUUCCUUUCCCCGUUCCAUGCUUCUCUCUCCCAUGUGCGUUCUUCCUUUCCCCGUUCCAUGCUUCUCUCUCCCAUGUGCGUUCUUCCUUUCCCCGUUCCAUGCUUCUCUCUCCCAUGUGCGUUCUUCCGUUCCCCGUUCCAUGCUUCUCUCUCCCAUGUGCGUUCUUCCUUUCCCCCGUUCCAUGCUUCUCUCUCCCAUGUGCGUUCUUCCUUUCCCCGUUCCAUGCUUCUCUCUCCCAUGCGUUCUUCCUUUCCCCGUUCAGUUCUCCUCCAUGUCGUCUUCUUUCCCCGUUCCAUGCUUCUCUCUCCCAUGUGCGUUCUUCCUUUCCCGUUCCAUGCUUCUCUCUCCCAUGUGCGUUCUUCCUUUCCCCGUUCCAUGCUUCUCUCUCCCAUGUGCGUUCUUCCUUUCCCCGUUCCAUGCUUCUCUCUCCCAUGUGCGUUUCUUCCUUUCCCCGUUCCAUGCUUUCUCUCUCCCAUGUGCGUGCUUCCUUUCCCCGUUCCAUGCUUCUCUCCUCCCAUGUGCCGUUCUUCCUUUCCCCGUUCCAUGCUUCUCUCUCCCAUGUGCGUUCUUCCUUUCCCCGUUCCAUGCUUCUCUCUCCCAUGUGCGUUCUUCCUUUCCCCGUUCCAUGCUUCUCUCUCCCAUGUGCGUUCUUCCUUUCCCCGUUCCAUGCUUCUCUCUCCCAUGUGCGUUCUUCCUUUCCCCGUUCCAUGCUUCUCUCUCCCAUGUGCGUUCUUCCUUUCCCCGUUCCAUGCUUCUCUCUCCCAUGUGCGUUCUUCCUUUCCCCGUUCCAUGCUUCUCUCUCCCAUGUGCGUUCUUCCUUUCCCCGUUCCAUGCUUCUCUCUCCCAUGUGCGUUCUUCCUUUCCCCGUUCCAUGCUUCUCUCUCCCAUGUGCGUUCUUCCUUUCCCCGUUCCAUGCUUCUCUCUCCCAUGUGCGUUCUUCCUUUCCCCGUUCCAUGCUUCUCUCUCCCAUGUGCGUUCUUCCUUUCCCCGUUCCAUGCUUCUCUCUCCCAUGUGCGUUCUUCCUUUCCCCGUUCCAUGCUUCUCUCUCCCAUGUGCCGUUCUUCCUUUCCCGUUCCAUGCUUCUCUCUCCCAUGUCCGUUCUUCCUUCCCCGUUCCAUGCUUCUCUCUCCCAUGUCGUUCUUACCUUUUCCCCGUUCCAUGCUUCUCUCUCCCAUGUGCGUUCUUCCUUUCCCCGUUCCAUGCUUCUCUCUCCCUGUGGCGUUCUUCCUUUCCCCGUUCCAUGCUUCUCUCUCCCAUGUGCGUUCUUCCUUUCCCCGUUCCAUGCUUCUCUCUCCCAUUGUGCCGUUCUUCCUUUCCCCGUUCCAUGCUUCUCUCUCCCAUGUCCGUUCUCUUCCUUUCCCCGUUCCAUGCUUUCUCUCUCCCAUGUCCGUUCUUCUUCCCCGUUCCAUGCUUCUCUCUCCAUGUGCGUUCUUCCUUUCCCCGUUCAUGCUUCUCUCUCCCAUGUGCGGUCUUCCUUUCCCCUUCCAUGCUUCUCUCUCCAUGUGCGUUCUUCCUUUCCCGUUCCAUGCUUCUCUCUCCCAUGUGCGUUCUUCCUUUCCCGUUCCAUGCUUCUCUCUCCCAUGUGCGUUCUUCCUUUCCCCGUUCCAUGCUUCUCUCUCCCAUGUGCGUUCUUCCUUUCCCCGUUCCAUGCUUCUCUCUCCCAUGUCGUUCUUCCUUUCCCCGUUCCAUGCUUCUCUCUCCAUGUGCGUUCUUCCUUUCCCCGUUCCAUGCUUCUCUCUCCCAUGUGCGUUCUUCCUUUCCCCGUUCCAUGCUUUCUCUCUCCCAUGUGCCGUUCUUCCUUUCCCCGUUCCAUGCUUCUCUCUCCCAUGUGCGUUCUUCCUUUCCCCGUUCCAUGCUUCUCUCUCCCAUGUGCGUUCUUCCUUUCCCCGUUCCAUGCUUCUCUCUCCCAUGUGCGUUCUUCCUUUCCCCGUUCCAUGCUUCUCUCUCCCAUGUGCGUUCUUCCUUUCCCCGUUCCAUGCUUCUCUCUCCAUGUGCGUUCUUCCUUUCCCCGUUCCAUGCUUCUCUCUCCCAUGUGCGUUCUUCCUUUCCCCGUUCCAUGCUUCUCUCUCCCAUGUGCCGUUCUUCCUUUCCCCGUUCCAUGCUUCUCUCUCCCAUGUGCCGUUCUUCCUUUCCCCGUUCCAUGCUUCUCUCUCCCAUGUGCGUUCUUCCUUUCCCCGUUCCAUGCUUCUCUCUCCCAUGUGCGUUCUUCCUUUCCCCCGUUCCAUGCUUCUCUCUCCCAUGUGCCGUUCUUCCUUUCCCCGUUCCAUGCUUCUCUCUCCCAUGUCCGUUCUUCCUUUCCCCGUUCCAUGCUUCUCUCUCCCAUGUGCGUUCUUCCUUUCCCCGUUCCAUGCUUCUCUCAUCCCAUGUGCGUUCUUCCUUUCCCGUUCCAGUGCUUUCUCCAUUGCGUUCUCCUUCCGUUACAUGCCUUUCUCUCCCAUGUGCGUUCUUCCUUUCCCCGUUCCAUGCUUCUCUCUCCCAUGUGCCGUUCUUCCUUUCCCCGUUCCAUGCUUCUCUCUCCCAUGUGCGUUCUUCCUUUCCCCGUUCCAUGCUUCUCUCUCCCAUGUGCGUUCUUCCUUUCCCCGUUCCAUGCUUCUCUCUCCAUGUGCGUUCUUCCUUUCCCCGUUCCAUGCUUCUCUCUCCCAUGUGCGUUCUUCCUUUCCCCGUUCCAUGCUUCUCUCUCCCAUGUGCGUUCUUCCUUUCCCCGUUCCAUGCUUCUCUCUCCCAUGUGCGUUCUUCCUUUCCCCGUUCCAUGCUUCUCUCUCCCAUGUGCGUUCUUCCUUUCCCCGUUCCAUGCUUCUCUCUCCCAUGUGCGUUCUUCCUUUCCCCGUUCCAUGCUUCUCUCUCCCAUGUGCGUUCUUCCUUUCCCCGUUCCAUGCUUCUCUCUCCCAUGUGCGUUCUUCCUUUCCCCGUUCCAUGCUUCUCUCUCCCAUGUGCGUUCUUCCUUUCCCCGUUCCAUGCUUCUCUCUCCCAUGUGCGUUCUUCCUUUCCCCGUUCCAUGCUUCUCUCUCCCAUGUGCGUUCUUCCUUUCCCCGUUCCAUGCUUCUCUCUCCCAUGUGCGUUCUUCCUUUCCCCGUUCCAUGCUUCUCUCUCCCAUGUGCGUUCUUCCUUUCCCCGUUCCAUGCUUCUCUCUCCCAUGUGCUUUCUUCCUUUCCCCGUUCCAUGCUUCUCUCUCCCAUGUGCGUUCUCUUCCUUUCCCCGUUCCAUGCUUCUCUCUCCCAUGUGCCGUUCUUCCUUUCCCCGUUCCAUGCUUCUCUCUCCCAUGUGCGUUCUUCCUUUCCCCGUUCCAUGCUUCUCUCUCCCAUGUGCGUUCUUCCUUUCCCGUUCCAUGCUUCUCUCUCCCAUGUGCCGUUCUUCCUUUCCCCUUCCAUGCUUCUCUCUCCAUGUGCGUUCUUCCUUUCCCCGUUCCAUGCUUCUCUCUCCCAUGUGCGUUCUUCCUUUCCCCGUUCCAUGCUUCUCUCUCCCAUGUGCGUUCUUCCUUUCCCCGUUCCAUGCUUCUCUCUCCCAUGUGCGUUCUUCCUUUCCCCUUCCAUGCUUCUCUCUCCCAUGUGCGUUCUUCCUUUCCCCGUUCCAUGCUUCUCUCUCCCAUGUGCCGUUCUUCCUUUCCCCGUUCCAUGCUUCUCUCUCCCAUGUGCGUUCUUCCUUUCCCCGUUCCAUGCUUCUCUCUCCAUGUGCGUUCUUCCUUUCCCCGUUCCAUGCUUCUCUCUCCCAUGUGGCGUUCUUCCUUUCCCCCGUUCCAUGCUUCUCUCUCCCAUGUGCCGUUCUUCCUUUCCCCGUUCCAUGCUUCUCUCUCCCAUGUGCGUUCUUCCUUUCCCCGUUCCAUGCUUCUCUCUCCCAUGUGCGUUCUUCCUUUCCCCGUUCCAUGCUUCUCUCUCCCAUGUGCGUUCUUCCUUUCCCCGUUCCAUGCUUCUCUCUCCCAUGUGCGUUCUUCCUUCCUUUCCCUGUUCCAUGCUUCUCUCUCCCAUGUGCGUUCUUCCUUUCCCCGUUCCAUGCUCUCUCUCCCAUGUCCGUUCUUCCUUUCCCGUUCCAUGCUUCUCUCUCCCAUGUGCGUUCUUCCUUUCCCCGUUCCAUGCUUAUCUCUCUCCCAUGUGCGUUCUUCCUUUCCCCUUCCAUGCUUCUCUCUCCCAUGUGCGUUCUUCCUUUCCCCGUUCCAUGCUUCUCUCUCCCAUGUGCGUUCUUCCUUUCCCCGUUCCAUGCUUCUCUCUCCCAUGUGCGUUCUUCCUUUCCCCCGUUCAUGCUUCUCUCUCCCAUGUGCAGUUCUUCUUUCCUUUUCCUCCGUUCCAUGCUUCUCUCUCCCAUGUGCCGUUCUUCCUUUCCCCGUUCCAUGCUUCUCUCUCCCAUGUGCGUUCUUCCCUUUCCCCGUUCGCAUGCUUCUCUCUCCCAUGUGCGUUCUAUCCGUUCCAUGCUUCCUCUCCCAUGUGCGUUCUUCCUUUCCCCGUUCCAUGCUUCUCUCUCCCAUGUGCGUUCUUCCUUUCCCCGUUCCAUGCUUCUCUCUCCCAUGUGCGUUCUUCCUUUCCCCGUUCCAUGCUUCUCUCUCCCAUGUGCGUUCUUCCUUCCCCGUUCCAUGCUUCUCUCUCCCAUGUGCGUUCUUCCUUUCCCCCGUUCCAAUGCUUCUCUCUCCCAUGUGCGUUCUUCCUUUCCCCGUUCCAUGCUUCUCUCUCCCAUGUGCCGUUCUUCCUUUCCCCGUUCCAUGCUUCUCUCUCCCAUGUGCCGUUCUUCCUUUCCCCGUUCCAUGCUUCUCUCUCCCAUGUGCGUUCUUCCUUUCCCCGUUCCAUGCUUCUCUCUCCCAUGUGCGUUCUUCCUUUCCCGUUCCAUGCUUCUCUCCUCCCAUGUGCGUUCUUCCUUUCCCGUUUCCAUGCUUCUCUCUCCCCAUGUCGUUCUUCCUUCCCCGUUCCAUGCUUCGCUCUUCCAUGUGCGUUCUUCCUUUUCCACGUUCCAUGCUUCCUCGUCCUUCCUGUGCCUUCUUCUUUCCCCUUCCAUGCUUCUCUCUCCCAUGUGCGUUCUUCCUUUCCCCGUUCCAUGCUUCUCUUCUCCCAUGUGCGUUCUUCUUUCCCGUUCCAUGCUUCUCUCUCCAUGUCCGUUCUUCCUUUCCCCGUUCCUGCUUCUUUCUCCAUGUGCGUUCUUCCUUUCCCCGUUCCAUGCUUCUCUCUUUCCCAUGUGCGUUCUUCCUUUCCCCGUUCCAUGCUUCUCUCUCCAUGUGCGUUCUUCCUUUCCCCGUUCCAUGCUUCUCUCUCCCAUGGUCGUUCUUCCUUUCCCCGUUCCAUGCUUCUCUCUCCAUGUGCGUUCUUCCUUUCCCCGUUCCAUGCUUCUCUCUCCAUGUGCGUUCUUCCUUUCCCCGUUCCAUGCUUCUCUCUCCCAUGUCGUUCUUCCUUUCCCCGUUCCAUGCUUCUCUCUCCAAUGUGCGUUCUUCCUUUCCCCGUUCCAUGCUUCUCUCUCCCAUGUGCGUUCUUCCUUUCCCGUUCCAUGCUUCUCUCUCCCAUGUGCGUUCUUCCUUUCCCCGUUCCAUGCUUCUCUCUCCCAUGUCGUUCUUCCUUCCCGUUCCAUGCUUCUCUCUCCCAUGUGCGUUUCUUCCUUUCCCCCCCGUUCCAUGCUUCUCUCUCCCAUGUGCGUUCUUCCUUUCCCGUUCCAUGCUUCUCUCUCCCAUGUGCGUUCUUCCUUUCCCCGUUCCAUGCUUCUCUCUCCCAUGUGCCGUUCUUCCUUUCCCCGUUCCAUGCUUCUCUCUCCAUGUGCGUUCUUCCUUUCCCCGUUCCAUGCUUCUCUCUCCCAUUUGCGUUCUUCCUUUCCCCGUUCCAUGCUUCUCUCUCCCAUGUGCGUUCUUCCUUUCCCCCUUCUCUCUCCCAUGUGCGUUCUUCCUUCCCCGUUCCAUGCUUCUCUCUCCCAUGUGCGUUCUUCCUUUCCCCGUUCCAUGCUUCUCUCUCCCAUGUGCGUUCUUCCUUUCCCCGUUCCAUGCUUCUCUCUCCAUGUGCGUUCUUCCUUUCCCCGUUCCAUGCUUCUCUCUCCCAUGUGCGUUCUUCCUUUCCCCGUUCCAUGCUUCUCUCUCCCAUGUGCGUUCUUCCUUUCCCCGUUCAUGCUUCUCUCCCAUGUGCGUUCUUCCUUUCCCGUUCCAUGCUUCUCUCUCCCAUGUGCGUUCUUCCUUUCCCCGUUCCAUGCUCUCUCUCCCAUGUGCGUUCUUUCCUUUCCCCGUUCCAUGCUUCUCUCUCCCAUGUCCGUUCUUCCUUUCCCCGUUCCAUGCUUCUCUCUCCCAUGUGCGUUCUUCCUUUCCCCGUUCCAUGCUUCUCUCUCCAUGUCCGUUCUUCCUUUCCCCGUUCCAUGCUUCUCUCUCCCAUGUGCGUUCUUCCUUUCCCCGUUCCAUGCUUCUCUCUCCCAUGUGCGUUCUUCCUUUCCCCGUUCCAUGCUUCUCUCUCCCAUGUGCGGUUCUUCCUUUCCCCGUUCCAUGCUUCUCUCUCCCAUGUGCGUUCUUCCUUUCCCCGUUCCAUGCUUCUCUCUCCCAUGUGCGUUCUUCCUUUCCCCGUUCCAUGCUUCUCUCUCCCAUGUGCGUUCUUCCUUUCCCCGUUCCAUGCUUCUCUCUCCAUGUGCGUUCUUCCUUUCCCCGUUCCAUGCUUCUCUCUCCCAUGUGCCGUUCUUCCUUUCCCCGUUCCAUGCUUCUCUCUCCCAUGUGCGUUCUUCCUUUCCCCGUUCCAUGCUUCUCUCUCCCAUGUGCGUUUCUUCCUUUCCCCGUUCCAUGCUUCUCUCUCCCAUGUGCGUUCUUCCUUUCCCCGUUCCAUGCUUCUCUCUCCCAUGUGCGUUCUUCCUUUCCCCGUUCCAUGCUUCUCUCUCCCAUGUGCGUUCUUCCUUUCCCCGUUCCAUGCUUCUCUCUCCCAUGUGCGUUCUUCCUUUCCCCGUUCCAUGCUUCUCUCUCCCAUGUGCGUUCUUCCUUUCCCCGUUCCAUGCUUCUCUCUCCCAUGUGCGUUCUUCCUUUCCCCGUUCCAUGCUUCUCUCUCCCAUGUGCGUUCUUCCUUUCCCCGUUCCAUGCUUCUCUCUCCCAUGUGCGUUCUUCCUUUCCCCGUUCCAUGCUUCUCUCUCCCAUGUGCGUUCUUCCUUUCCCCGUUCCAUGCUUCUCUCUCCCAUGUGCGUUCUUCCUUUCCCCGUUCCAUGCUUCUCUCUCCCAUGUCCGUUCUUCCUUUCCCCGUUCCAUGCUUCUCUCUCCCAUGUGCGUUCUUCCUUUCCCCGUUCCAUGCUUCUCUCUCCCAUGUGCGUUCUUCCUUUCCCCGUUCCAUGCUUCUCUCUCCCAUGUGCGUUCUUCCUUUCCCCGUUCCAUGCUUCUCUCUCCCAUGUGCGUUCUUCCUUUCCCCGUUCCAUGCUUCUCUCUCCCAUGUGCGUUCUUCCUUUCCCCGUUCCAUGCUUCUCUCUCCCAUGUGCGUUCUUCCUUUCCCCGUUCCAUGCUUCUCUCUCCCAUGUGCGUUCUUUCCUUUCCCCGUUCCAUGCUUCUCUCUCCAUGUGCGUUCUUCCUUUCCCCGUUCCAUGCUUCUCUCUCCCAUGUGCGUUCUUCCUUUCCCCGUUCCAUGCUUCUCUCUCCCAUGUGCGUUCUUCCUUUCCCCGUUCCAUGCUUCUCUCUCCCAUGUGCGUUCUUCCUUUCCCCGUUCCAUGCUUCUCUCUCCCAUGUGCGUUCUUCCUUUCCCCGUUCCAUGCUUCUCUCUCCCAUGUGCGUUCUUCCUUUCCCCGUUCCAUGCUUCUCUCUCCCAUGUGCGUUCUUCCUUUCCCCGUUCCAUGCUUCUCUCUCCCAUGUGCGUUCUUCCUUUCCCCGUUCCAUGCUUCUCUCUCCCAUGUGCGUUCUUCCUUUCCCCGUUCCAUGCUUCUCUCUCCCAUGUGCGUUCUUCCUUUCCCCGUUCCAUGCUUCUCUCUCCCAUGUCGUUCUUCCUUUCCCCGUUCCAUGCUUCUCUCUCCCAUGUGCGUUCUUCCUUUCCCCGUUCCAUGCUUCUCUCUCCCAUGUGCGUUCUUCCUUUCCCCGUUCCAUGCUUCUCUCUCCCAUGUGCGUUCUUCCUUUCCCCGUUCCAUGCUUCUCUCUCCCAUGUGCGUUCUUCCUUUCCCCGUUCCAUGCUUCUCUCUCCCAUUGCGUUCUUCCUUUCCCCGUUCCAUGCUUCUCUCUCCCAUGUGCGUUCUUCCUUUCCCCGUUCCAUGCUUCUCUCUCCCAUGUGCGUUCUUACGUUCCAUGCUUCUCUCUCCCAUUCCGUUCCAUGCUUCUCUCUCCCAUGUGCGUUCUUCCUUUCCCCGUUCCAUGCUUCUCUCUCCCAUGUGCGUUCUUCCUUUCCCCGUUCCAUGCUUCUCUCUCCCAUGUGCGUUCUUCCUUUCCCCGUUCCAUGCUUCUCUCUCCCAUGUGCGUUCUUCCUUUCCCCGUUCCAUGCUUCUCUCUCCCAUGUGCGUUCUUCCUUUCCCCCGUUCCAUGCUUCUCUCUCCCAUGUGCGUUCUUCUUCCCGUUCCAUGCUUCUCUCUCCCAUGUGCGUUCUUCCUUUCCCCGUUCCAUGCUUCUCUCUCCCAUGUGCGUUCUUCUUUCCCCGUUCCAUGCUUCUAUCUCCCAUGUGCGUUCUUCCUUUCCCCGUUCCAUGCUUCUCUCUCCCAUGUCCGUUCUUCCUUUCCCCGUUCCAUGCUUCUCUCUCCCAUGUGCGUUCUUCCUUUCCCCGUUCCAUGCUUCUCUCUCCCAUGUGCGUUCUUCCUUUCCCCGUUCCAUGCUUCUCUCUCCCAUGUGCGUUCUUUCCUUUCCCCGUUCCAUGCUUCUCUCUCCCAUGUGCCGUUCUUCCUUUCCCCGUUCCAUGCUUCUCUCUCCAUGUCCGUUCUUCCUUUCCCCGUUCCAUGCUUCUCUCUCCCAUGUGCGUUCUUCCUUUCCCCGUUCCAUGCUUCUCUCUCCCAUGUGCGUUCUUCCUUUCCCCGUUCCAUGCUUCUCUCUCCCAUGUGCGUUCUUCCUUUCCCCGUUCCAUGCUUCUCUCUCCCAUGUGCGUUCUUCCUUUCCCCGUUCCAUGCUUCUCUCUCCCAUGUGCGUUCUUCCUUUCCCCGUUCCAUGCUUCUCUCUCCCAUGUGCGUUCUUCCUUUCCCCGUUCCAUGCUUCUCUCUCCCAUGUCCGUUCUUCCUUUCCCCGUUCCAUGCUUCUCUCUCCCAUGUGCGUUCUUCCUUUCCCCGUUCCAUGCUUCUCUCUCCAUGUGCGUUCUUCCUUUCCCCGUUCCAUGCUUCUCUCUCCCAUGUGCGUUCUUCCUUUCCCCGUUCCAUGCUUCUCUCUCCCAUGUGCGUUCUUCCUUUCCCCGUUCCAUGCUUCUCUCUCCCAUGUGCGUUCUUCCUUUCCCCGUUCCAUGCUUCUCUCUCCCAUGUGCGUUCUUCCUUUCCCCGUUCCAUGCUUCUCUCUCCCAUGUGCGUUCUUCCUUUCCCCGUUCCAUGCUUCUCUCUCCCAUGUGCGUUCUUCCUUUCCCCGUUCCAUGCUUCUCUCUCCCAUGUGCGUUCUUCCUUUCCCCGUUCCAUGCUUCUCUCUCCCAUGUGCGUUCUUCCUUUCCCCGUUCCAUGCUUCUCUCUUCCCAUGUGCGUUCUUCCUUUCCCCGUUCCAUGCUUCUCUCUCCCAUGUCCGUUCUUCCUUUCCCCGUUCCAUGCUUCUCUCUCCCAUGUGCGUUCUUCCUUUCCCCGUUCCAUGCUUCUCUCUCCCAUGUGCGUUCUUCCUUUCCCCGUUCCAUGCUUCUCUCUCCCAUGUGCGUUCUUCCUUUCCCCGUUCCAUGCUUCUCUCUCCCAUGUGCGUUCUUCCUUUCCCCGUUCCAUGCUUCUCUCUCCCAUGUGCGUUCUUCCUUUCCCCGUUCCAUGCUUCUCUCUCCCAUGUGCGUUCUUCCUUUCCCCGUUCCAUGCUUCUCUCUCCCAUGUCCGUUCUUCCUUUCCCCGUUCCAUGCUUCUCUCUCCCAUGUGCGUUCUUCCUUUCCCCGUUCCAUGCUUCUCUCUCCCAUGUGCGUUCUUCCUUUCCCCGUUCCAUGCUUUCUCUCUCCCAUGUGCGUUCUUCCUUUCCCCGUUCCAUGCUUCUCUCUCCCAUGUGCCGUUCUUCCUUCCCCGUUCCAUGCUUCUCUCUCCCAUGUGCGUUCUUCCUUUCCCCGUUCCAUGCUUCUCUCUCCCAUGUGCGUUCUUCCUUUCCCCGUUCCAUGCUUCUCUCUCCCAUGUGCGUUCUUCCUUUCCCCGUUCCAUGCUUCUCUCUCCCAUGUGCGUUCUUCCUUUCCCCGUUCCAUGCUUCUCUCUCCAUGUGCGUUUCUUUCACUUUCCCCGUUCCAUGCUUCUCUCUCCCAUGUGCGUUCUUCCUUUCCCCGUUCCAUGCUUCUCUCUCCCAUGUCCGUUCUUCUUUCCCCGUUCCAUGCUUCUCUCUCCCAUGUGCGUUCUUCCUUUCCCCGUUCCAUGCUUCUCUCUCCCAUGUGCGUUCUUCCUUUCCCCGUUCCAUGCUUCUCUCUCCCAUGUGCGUUCUUCCUUCCCGUUUCCAUGCUUCUCUCUCCAUGUGCGUUCUUCCUUUCCCGUUCCAUGCUUCUCUCUCCCAUGUGCGUUCUUCCUUUCCCCGUUCCAUGCUUCUCUCUCCCAUGUGCGUUCUUCCUUUCCCCGUUCCAUGCUUCUCUCUCCCAUGUGCGUUCUUCCUUUCCCCGUUCCAUGCUUCUCUCUCCCAUGUGCGUUCUUCCUUUCCCCGUUCCAUGCUUCUCUCUCCCAUGUGCGUUCUUCCUUUCCCGUUCCAUGCUCUCUCUCCCAUGUGCGUUUCUUCCUUUCCCCGUUCCAUGCUUCUCUCUCCCAUGUCCGUUCUUCCUUUCCCCGUUCCAUGCUUCUCUCUCCAUGUGCGUUCUUCCUUUCCCCGUUCCAUGCUUCUCUCUCCCAUGUGCGUUCUUCCUUUCCCCGUUCCAUGCUUCUCUCUCCCAUGUGCGUUCUUCCUUUCCCCGUUCCAUGCUUCUCUCUCCCAUGUGCGUUCUUCCUUUCCCCGUUCCAUGCUUCUCUCUCCCAUGUGCGUUCUUCCUUUCCCCGUUCCAUGCUUCUCUCUCCCAUGUGCGUCUUCCUUUCCCCGUUCCAUGCCUUCUCUCUCCCAUGUGCGUUCUUCCUUUCCCCGUUCCAUGCUUCUCUCUCCCAUGUCCGUUCUUCUUUCCCCGUUCCAUGCUUUCUCUCUCCCAUGUGCGUCUUCCUUCCCCGUUCCAUUCUUCUCUCCUCCCAUGGUCUCCUCCCCGUUCCAUGCUUCUCUCUCCCAUGUGCGUUCUUCCUUUCCCCGUUCCAUGCUUCUCUCUCCCAUGUGCGUUCUUCCUUUCCCCGUUCCAUGUUUCUCUCUCCCAUGUCCGUUCUUCCUUUCCCCCGUUCCAUGCUUCUCUCUCCAUGUGCGUUCUUCCUUUCCCCGUUCCAUGCUUCUCUGCUCCCAUGUGCGUUCUUCCUUUCCCGUUCCCUGCUUCUCUCUCCCAUGUGCGUUCUUCCUUUCCCCGUUCCAUGCUUUCUCUCCCAUGUGCGUUCUUCCUUUCCCCGUUCCAUGCUUCUCUCUCCCAUGUGCGUUCUUCCUUUCCCCGUUCCAUGCUUUCUCUCUCCCAUGUGCGUUCUUCCUUUCCCCGUUCCAUGCUUCUCUCUCCCGAUGUGCGUUCUUCCCUUUCCCCGUUCCAUGCUUCUCUCUCCCAUGUGCGUUCUUCCUUUCCCCGUUCCAUGCUUCUCUCUCCCAUGUCCGUUCUUCCUUUCCCGUUCCAUGCUUCUCUCUCCCAUGUGCGUUCUUCCUUUCCCCGUUCCAUGCUUCUCUCUCCCAUGUGCGUUCUUCCUUUCCCCGUUCCAUGCUUCUCUCUCCCAUGUGCGUUCUUCCUUUCCCCGUUCCAUGCUUCUCUCUCCCAUGUGCGUUCUUCCUUUCCCCGUUCCAUGCUUCUCUCUCCCAUGUGCGUUCUUCCUUUCCCCGUUCCAUGCUUCUCUCUCCCAUGUGCGUUCUUCCUUUCCCCGUUCCAUGCUUCUCUCUCCCAUGUGCGUUCUUCCUUUCCCCCGUUCCAUGCUUCUCUCUCCCAUGUGCGUUCUUCCUUUCCCCGUUCCAUGCUUCUCUCUCCCAUGUGCGUUCUUCCUUUCCCCGUUCCAUGCAUUCUCUCUCCCAUGUGCGUUCUUCCUUUCCCCGUUCCAUGCUUCUCUCUCCCAUGUGCCGUUCUUCCUUUCCCCGUUCCAUGCUUCUCUCUCCCAUGUCCGUUCUUCCUGCUUCCCGUUCCAUGCUUCUCUGCAUCCCAUGUGCGUCUUCCUUUCCCCGUUCCAUGCUUCUCUCUCCCAUGUGCGUUCUUCCUUUCCCCGUUCCAUGCUUCUCUCUCCCAUGUGCGUUCUUCCUUUCCCCGUUCCAUGCUUCUCUCUCCCAUGUGCGUUCUUCCUUUCCCCGUUCCAUGCUUCUCUCUCCCAUGUGCGUUCUUCCUUUCCCCGUUCCAUGCUUCUCUCUCCCAUGUGCGUUCUUCCUUUCCCGUUCCAUGCUUCUCUCUCCCAUGUGCGUUCUUCCUUUCCCCGUUCCAUGCUUCUCUCUCCCAUGUGCGUUCUUCCUUUCCCCGUUCCAUGCUUCUCUCUCCCAUGGCCGUUCUUCCUUUCCCCGUUCCAUGCUUCUCUCUCCCAUGUGCGUUCUUCCUUUCCCCGUUCCAUGUUCUCCUCCAUGUCUUCUUUCCCCGUUUCCAUGCUUCUCUCUCCCAUGUGCGUUCUUCCUUUCCCCGUUCCAUGCUUCUCUCUCCCAUGUGCGUUCUUCCUUUCCCGUUCCAUGCUUCUCUCUCCCAUGUCCGUUCCAUGCUUCUCUCUCCCAUGUGCGUUCUUCCUUUCCCCGUUCCAUGCUUCUCUCUUCCCAUGUCCGUUCCAUGCUUCUCUCUCCCAUGUGCGUUCUUCCUUUCCCCGUUCCAUGCUUCUCUCUCCCAUGUGCGUUCUUCCUUUCCCCGUUCCAUGCUUCUCUCUCCCAUGUCCGUUCUUCCUUUCCCCGUUCCAUGUUUCUCUCUCCCAUGUCCGUUCUUCCUUUCCCCGUUCCAUGCUUCUCUCUCCCAUGUGCGUUCUUCCUUUCCCCGUUCCAUGCUUCUCUCUCCCAUGUGCGUUCUUCCUUUCCCCGUUCCAUGCUUCUCUCUCCCAUGUCCGUUCUUCCUUUCCCCGUUCCAUGCUUCUCUCUCCCAUGUGCGUUCUUCCUUUCCCCGUUCCAUGCUUCUCUCUCCCAUGUGCGUUCUUCCUUUCCCCGUUCCAUGCUUCUCUCUCCCAUGUGCGUUCUUCCUUUCCCCGUUCCAUGCUUCUCUCUCCCAUGUCCGUUCUUCCUUUCCCCGUUCCAUGCUUCUCUCUCCCAUGUCCGUUCUUCCUUUCCCCGUUCCAUGCUUCUCUCUCCCAUGUGCGUUCUUCCUUUCCCCGUUCCAUGCUUCUCUCUCCCAUGUGCGUUCUUCCUUUCCCCGUUCCAUGCUUCUCUCUCCCAUGUGCGUUCUUCCUUUCCCCGUUCCAUGCUUCUCUCUCCCAUGUGCGUUCUUCCUUUCCCCGUUCCAUGCUUCUCUCUCCCAUGUGCGUUCUUCCUUUCCCCGUUCCAUGCUUCUCUCUCCCAUGUCCGUUCUUCCUUUCCCCGUUCCAUGCUUCUCUCUCCCAUGUCCGUUCUUCCUUUCCCGUUCCUGCUUCUCUCUCCCAUGUCCGUUCUUCCUUUCCCGUUCCAUGCUUCUCUCUCCCAUGUGCGUUCUUCCUUUCCCGUUCCAUGCUUCUCUCUCCCAUGUUCGUUCUUCCUUUCCCCGUUCCAUGCUUCUCUCUCCCAUGUUGCGUUCUUCCUUUCCCCGUUCCAUGCUUCUCUCUCCCAUGUGCGUUCUUCCUUUCCCCGUUCCAUGCUUCUCUCUCCCAUGUGCGUUCUUCCUUUCCCCGUUCCAUGCUUCUCUCUCCCAUGUGCGUUCUUCCUUCCCCGUUCCAUGGCUUCUCUCUCCCAUGUGCGUUCUUCCUUUCCCCGUUCCAUGCUUCUCUCUCCCAUGUGCGUUCUUCCUUUCCCCGUUCCAUGCUUCUCUCUCCCAUGUCCGUUCUUCCUUUCCCCGUUCCAUGCUUCUCUCUCCCAUGUGCGUUCUUCCUUUCCCCGUUCCAUGCUUCUCUCUCCCAUGUCCUUUCCCCGUUCCAUGCUUCUCUCUCCCAUGUACGUUCUUCCUUUCCCCGUUCCAUGCUUCUCUCUCCCAUGUCCGUUCCAUGCUUCUCUCUCCCAUGUGCGUUCUUCCUUUCCCCGUUCCAUGCUUCUCUCUCCCAUGUCCGUUCCAUGCUUCUCUCUCCCAUGUGCGUUCUUCCUUUCCCCGUUCCAUGCUUCUCUCUCCCAUGUGCGUUCUUCCUUUCCCCGUUCCAUGCUUCUCUCUCCCAUGUCCGUUCUUCCUUUCCCCGUUCCAUGCUUCUCUCUCCCAUGUCCGUUCUUCCUUUCCCCGUUCCAUGCUUCUCUCUCCCAUGUGCGUUCUUCCUUUCCCCGUUCCAUGCUUCUCUCUCCCAUGUGCGUUCUUCCUUUCCCCGUUCCAUGCUUCUCUCUCCCAUGUGCGUUCUUCCUUUCCCCGUUCCAUGCUUCUCUCUCCCAUGUGCGUUCUUCCUUUCCCCGUUCCAUGCUUCUCUCUCCCAUGUGCGUUCUUCCUUUCCCCGUUCCAUGCUUCUCUCUCCCAUGUGCCGUUCUUCCUUUCCCCGUUCCAUGCUUCUCUCUCCCAUGUGCGUUCUUCCUUUCCCCGUUCCAUGCUUCUCUCUCCAUGUGCGUUCUUCCUUUCCCCGUUCCAUGCUUCUCUCUCCCAUGUGCGUUCUUCCUUCCCCGUUCCAUGCUUCUCUCUCCCAUGUGCGUUCUUCCUUUCCCCGUUCCAUGCUUCUCUCUCCCAUGUGCGUUCUUCCUUUCCCCGUUCCAUGCUUCUCUCUCCCAUGUGCGUUCUUCCUUUCCCCGUUCCAUGCUUCUCUCUCCCAUGUGCGUUCUUCCUUUCCCCGUUCCAUGCUUCUCUCUCCCAUGUGCGUUCUUCCUUUCACCGUUCCAUGCUUCUCUCUCCCAUGUGCGUUCUUCCAUUCCCCGUUCCAUGCUACUCUCUCCCAUGUGCGUUCUUCCUUUCCCCGUUCCAUGCUUCUCUCUCCCAUGUCCGUUCUCCUUUCCCCGUUCCAUGCUUCUCUCUCCCAUGUGCGUUUCUUCCUUUCCCCGUUCCAUGCUUCUCUCUCCCAUGUGCGUUCUUCCUUUCCCCGUUCCAUGCUUCUCUCUCCCAUAUGCGUUCUUCCUUUCCCCGUUUCAUGCUUCUCUCUCCCAUGUGCGUUCUUCCUUUCCCCGUUCCAUGCUUCUCUCUCCCAUGUGCGUUCUUCCUUUCCCCGUUCCAUGCUUCUCUCUCCCAUGUCCGUUCUUCUUUCCCCGUUCCAUGCUUCUCUCUCCCAUGUGCGUUCUUCCUUUCCCCGUUCCAUGCUUCUCUCUCCCAUGUCCUUUCCCCGUUCCAUGCUUCUCUCUCCCAUGUGCGUUCUUCCUUUCCCCGUUCCAUGCUUCUCUCUCCCAUGUCCGUUCCAUGCUUCUCUCUCCCAUGUGCGUUCUUCCUUUCCCCGUUCCAUGCUUCUCUCUCCCAUGUGCGUUCUUCCUUUCCCCGUUCCAUGCUUCUCUCUCCCAUGUGCGUUCUUCCUUUCCCCGUUCCAUGCUUCUCUCUCCCAUGUGCGUUCUUCCUUUCCCCGUUCCAUGCUUCUCUCUCCCAUGUGCGUUCUUCCUUUCCCCGUUCCAUGCUUCUCUCUCCCAUGUGCGUUCUUCCAUUCCCCGUUCCAUGCUUCUCUCUCCCAUGUCCGUUCUUCCUUUCCCCGUUCCAUGCUUCUCUCUCCCAUGUGCGUUCUUCCUUUCCCCGUUCCAUGCUUCUCUCUCCCAUGUGCGUUCUUCCUUCCCCGUUCCAUGCUUCUCUCUCCCAUGUGCGUUCUUCCUUUCCCCGUUCCAUGCUUCUCUCUCCAUGUGCGUUCUUCCUUUCCCCGUUCCAUGCUUCUCUCUCCCAUGUGCGUUCUUCCUUUCCCCGUUCCAUGCUUCUCUCUCCCAUGUGCGUUCUUCCUUUCCCCGUUCCAUGCUUCUCUCUCCCAUGUGCGUUCUUCCUUUCCCCGUUCCAUGCUUCUCUCUCCCAUGUGCGUUCUUCCUUUCCCCGUUCCAUGCUUCUCUCUCCCAUGUGCGUUCUUCCAUUCCCCGUUCCAUGCUUCUCUCUCCCAUGUGCGUUCUUCCUUUCCCCGUUCCAUGCUUCUCUCUCCCAUGUCCGUUCUUCCUUUCCCCGUUCCAUGCUUCUCUCUCCCAUGUGCGUUCUUCCUUUCCCCGUUCCAUGCUUCUCUCUCCCAUGUGCGUUCUUCCUUUCCCCGUUCCAUGCUUCUCUCUCCCAUAUGCGUUCUUCCUUUCCCCGUUUCAUGCUUCUCUCUCCCAUGUGCGUUCUUCCUUUCCCCGUUCCAUGCUUCUCUCUCCCAUGUGCGUUCUUCCUUUCCCCGUUCCAUGCUUCUCUCUCCCAUGUCCGUUCUUCCUUUCCCCGUUCCAUGCUUCUCUCUCCCAUGUGCGUUCUUCCUUUCCCCGUUCCAUGCUUCUCUCUCCCAUGUCCUUUCCCCGUUCCAUGCUUCUCUCUCCCAUGUGCGUUCUUCCUUUCCCCGUUCCAUGCUUCUCUCUCCCAUGUCCGUUCCAUGCUUCUCUCUCCCAUGUGCGUUCUUCCUUUCCCCGUUCCAUGCUUCUCUCUCCCAUGUGCGUUCUUCCUUUCCCCGUUCCAUGCUUCUCUCUCCCAUGUGCGUUCUUCCUUUCCCCGUUCCAUGCUUCUCUCUCCCAUGUGCGUUCUUCCUUUCCCCGUUCCAUGCUUCUCUCUCCCAUGUGCGUUCUUCCUUUCCCCGUUCCAUGCUUCUCUCUCCCAUGUGCGUUCUUCCAUUCCCCGUUCCAUGCUUCUCUCUCCCAUGUGCGUUCUUCCUUUCCCCGUUCCAUGCUUCUCUCUCCCAUGUCCGUUCUUCCUUUCCCCGUUCCAUGCUUCUCUCUCCCAUGUGCGUUCUUCCUUUCCCCGUUCCAUGCUUCUCUCUCCCAUGUGCGUUCUUCCUUUCCCCGUUCCAUGCUUCUCUCUCCCAUAUGCGUUCUUCCUUUCCCCGUUUCAUGCUUCUCUCUCCCAUGUGCGUUCUUCCUUUCCCCGUUCCAUGCUUCUCUCUCCCAUGUGCGUUCUUCCUUUCCCCGUUCCAUGCUUCUCUCUCCCAUGUCCGUUCUUCCUUUCCCCGUUCCAUGCUUCUCUCUCCCAUGUGCGUUCUUCCUUUCCCCGUUCCAUGCUUCUCUCUCCCAUGUCCUUUCCCCGUUCCAUGCUUCUCUCUCCCAUGUGCGUUCUUCCUUUCCCCGUUCCAUGCUUCUCUCUCCCAUGUCCGUUCCAUGCUUCUCUCUCCCAUGUGCGUUCUUCCUUUCCCCGUUCCAUGCUUCUCUCUCCCAUGUCCGUUCCAUGCUUCUCUCUCCCAUGUGCGUUCUUCCUUUCCCCGUUCCAUGCUUCUCUCUCCCAUGUGCGUUCUUCCUUUCCCCGUUCCAUGCUUCUCUCUCCCAUGUCCGUUCUUCCUUUCCCCGUUCCAUGCUUCUCUCUCCCAUGUCCGUUCUUCCUUUCCCCGUUCCAUGCUUCUCUCUCCCAUGUGCGUUCUUCCUUUCCCCGUUCCAUGCUUCUCUCUCCCAUGUGCGUUCUUCCUUUCCCCGUUCCAUGCUUCUCUCUCCCAUGUGCGUUCUUCCUUUCCCCGUUCCAUGCUUCUCUCUCCCAUGUGCGUUCUUCCUUUCCCCGUUCCAUGCUUCUCUCUCCCAUGUGCGUUCUUCCUUUCCCCGUUCCAUGCUUCUCUCUCCCAUGUGCGUUCUUCCUUUCCCCGUUCCAUGCUUCUCUCUCCCAUGUGCGUUCUUCCUUUCCCCGUUCCAUGCUUCUCUCUCCCAUGUGCGUUCUUCCUUUCCCCGUUCCAUGUUUCUCUCUCCCAUGUCCGUUCUUCCUUUCCCCGUUCCAUGCUUCUCUCUCCCAUGUCCGUUCUUCCUUUCCCCGUUCCAUGCUUCUCUCUCCCAUGUCCGUUCUUCCUUUCCCCGUUCCAUGCUUCUCUCUCCCAUGUGCGUUCUUCCUUUCCCCGUUCCAUGCUUCUCUCUCCCAUGUGCGUUCUUCCUUUCCCCGUUCCAUGCUUCUCUCUCCCAUGUCCGUUCUUCCUUUCCCCGUUCCAUGCUUCUCUCUCCCAUGUGCGUUCUUCCUUUCCCCGUUCCAUGCUUCUCUCUCCCAUGUGCGUUCUUCCUUUCCCCGUUCCAUGCUUCUCUCUCCCAUGUGCGUUCUUCCUUUCCCCGUUCCAUGCUUCUCUCUCCCAUGUCCGUUCUUCCUUUCCCCGUUCCAUGCUUCUCUCUCCCAUGUGCGUUCUUCCUUUCCCCGUUCCAUGCUUCUCUCUCCCAUGUGCGUUCUUCCUUUCCCCGUUCCAUGCUUCUCUCUCCCAUGUGCGUUCUUCCUUUCCCCGUUCCAUGCUUCUCUCUCCCAUGUGCGUUCUUCCUUUCCCCGUUCCAUGCUUCUCUCUCCCAUGUGCGUUCUUCCUUUCCUCGUUCUAUGCUUCUCUCUCCCAUGUCCGUUCUUCCUUUCCCCGUUCCAUGCUUCUCUCUCCCAUGUCCGUUCUUCCUUUCCCCGUUCCAUGCUUCUCUCUCCCAUGUCCGUUCUUCCUUUCCCUGUUCCAUGUUUCUCUCUCCCAUGUCCGUUCUUCCUUUCCCCGUUCCAUUCUUCUCUCUCCCAUGUGCGUUCUUCCUUUCCCCGUUCCAUGCUUCUCUCUCCCAUGUGCGUUCUUCCUUUCCCCGUUCCAUGUUUCUCUCUCCCAUGUCCGUUCUUCCUUUCCCCGUUCCAUGCUUCUCUCUCCCAUGUGCGUUCUUCCUUUCCCCGUUCCAUGCUUCUCUCUCCCAUGUGCGUUCUUCCUUUCCCCGUUCUAUGCUUCUCUCUCCCAUGUCCGUUCUUCCUUUCCCCGUUCCAUGCUUCUCUCUCCCAUGUCCGUUCUUCCUUUCCCCGUUCCAUGCUUCUCUCUCCCAUGUCCGUUCUUCCUUUCCCCGUUCCAUGCUUCUCUCUCCCAUGUCCGUUCUUCCUUUCCCCGUUCCAUGCUUCUCUCUCCCAUGUGCGUUCUUCCUUUCCCCGUUCCAUGCUUCUCUCUCCCAUGUGCGUUCUUCCUUUCCCCGUUCCAUGCUUCUCUCUCCCAUGUGCGUUCUUCCUUUCCCCGUUCCAUGCUUCUCUCUCCCAUGUUCGUUCUUCCUUUCCCCGUUCCAUGCUUCUCUCUCCCAUGUGCGUUCUUCCUUUCCCCGUUCCAUGCUUCUCUCUCCCAUGUGCGUUCUUCCUUUCCCCGUUCCAUGCUUCUCUCUCCCAUGUGCGUUCUUCCUUUCCCCGUUCCAUGCUUCUCUCUCCCAUGUGCGUUCUUCCUUUCCCCGUUCCAUGCUUCUCUCUCCCAUGUGCGUUCUUCCUUUCCCCGUUCCAUGCUUCUCUCUCCCAUGUCCGUUCUUCCUUUCCCCGUUCCAUGCUUCUCUCUCCCAUGUCCGUUCUUCCUUUCCCCGUUCCAUGCUUCUCUCUCCCAUGUGCGUUCUUCCUUUCCCCGUUCCAUGCUUCUCUCUCCCAUGUCCUUUCCCCGUUCCAUGCUUCUCUCUCCCAUGUGCGUUCUUCCUUUCCCCGUUCCAUGCUUCUCUCUCCCAUGUCCGUUCCAUGCUUCUCUCUCCCAUGUGCGUUCUUCCUUUCCCCGUUCCAUGCUUCUCUCUCCCAUGUCCGUUCCAUGCUUCUCUCUCCCAUGUGCGUUCUUCCUUUCCCCGUUCCAUGCUUCUCUCUCCCAUGUGCGUUCUUCCUUUCCCCGUUCCAUGCUUCUCUCUCCCAUGUCCGUUCUUCCUUUCCCCGUUCCAUGCUUCUCUCUCCCAUGUCCGUUCUUCCUUUCCCCGUUCCAUGCUUCUCUCUCCCAUGUGCGUUCUUCCUUUCCCCGUUCCAUGCUUCUCUCUCCCAUGUGCGUUCUUCCUUUCCCCGUUCCAUGCUUCUCUCUCCCAUGUGCGUUCUUCCUUUCCCCGUUCCAUGCUUCUCUCUCCCAUGUGCGUUCUUCCUUUCCCCGUUCCAUGCUUCUCUCUCCCAUGUGCGUUCUUCCUUUCCCCGUUCCAUGCUUCUCUCUCCCAUGUGCGUUCUUCCUUUCCCCGUUCCAUGCUUCUCUCUCCCAUGUGCGUUCUUCCUUUCCCCGUUCCAUGUUUCUCUCUCCCAUGUCCGUUCUUCCUUUCCCCGUUCCAUGCUUCUCUCUCCCAUGUGCGUUCUUCCUUUCCCCGUUCCAUGCUUCUCUCUCCCAUGUGCGUUCUUCCUUUCCCCGUUCCAUGCUUCUCUCUCCCAUGUGCGUUCUUCCUUUCCCCGUUCCAUGUUUCUCUCUCCCAUGUCCGUUCUUCCUUUCCCCGUUCCAUGCUUCUCUCUCCCAUGUGCGUUCUUCCUUUCCCCGUUCCAUGCUUCUCUCUCCCAUGUGCGUUCUUCCUUUCCCCGUUCCAUGCUUCUCUCUCCCAUGUGCGUUCUUCCUUUCCCCGUUCCAUGCUUCUCUCUCCCAUGUGCGUUCUUCCUUUCCCCGUUCCAUGCUUCUCUCUCCCAUGUGCGUUCUUCCUUUCCCCGUUCCAUGCUUCUCUCUCCCAUGUGCGUUCUUCCUUUCCCUGUUCCAUGCUUCUCUCUCCCAUGUCCGUUCUUCCUUUCCCCGUUCCAUGCUUCUCUCUCCCAUGUGCGUUCUUCCUUUCCCCGUUCCAUGCUUCUCUCUCCCAUGUGCGUUCUUCCUUUCCCCGUUCCAUGCUUCUCUCUCCCAUGUGCGUUCUUCCUUUCCCCAAUAUUAUAG